AAACCCAAGAAGAACAGAAUCCCUCACUUUUGUCAUCUUCCAUGGAUUCUUCUUCUCUUCUUCCUUCUCAAUGGUCUGAUCUUCCUUUAGAUAUUCUUGAGUUGAUCUCCGAUCGUCUUGACCACGACUCAUCAGACACCAUUCAUCUCCUCUGUCUCCGCUCUGUAUGUGCCACUUGGCGUCUCUCUCUUCCUCUCUCCAACAAAAACAACCGUUUGUCUAAAUUCCCAAAGUAUCUUCCUUUUUGGUCAUCUUCUUCUUCAUCCUCUGGUUUCUUCACUCUGAAACAAAGCAAUGUCUAUAAACUUGAAGCUCCUUUGAAUCCGAGAACUUGUCUGGUUAAGCUUCAAGAGACAACUCCAGGGAUUAUGCGAGUCUUGGAUCUAUUCUCAAACGACAGAAUCUGUUUCUUACCUGAGAAUUUCCCGUCAAAGAUCGACUUGCAGGAGUUUCAUGUGAGAUUGGUUCGUAGAACUUAUCGUAUGGAGUACGCAAACAAUGGUGGUGGUGCAGUGCCUUGUUUCUGGUCUCUGCAUUCCGACAAAGUUGUGAUUUUGUCUUCAGGGGAAGACUCGGCGAUAAUUGCGAUUCACAGUGGUGGGAAAUUAGGGUUUUUGAAGAGUGGAAACGAUGAAAAAUGGAAAAUUUUGGAUAAUUCAUGGAAUGUGAUUUACGAGGACAUAAUGUUAUACAAAGACAAUCGUUGCAUCGUUGUAGAUGAUAAGGGCAAAACCGUAAUUUACGAUGUGGAUUUCAAGGUUUCGGAUUUGGCUGAAGGUUUGGUCGGAGGAGGAGGUCACAAGAAACAUCUAGUGGAAUGUUCCGGCGGAGAAGUGUUUCUUGUGGACAAAUACGUGAAAACCGUUUGGUGCAAAUCGGAUAUUUCGAAAUCUGUGGUUGAGUUUAGAGUUUAUAAUCUGAAGAGAGAAGAGAAGAGAUGGGAAGAAGUGAGAGACUUAGGAGAUGUUGCUCUGUUUAUUGGAGAUGACUGUUCUUUCUCCGUUCAGAAUCCGGCCGGAGAUUUAGCCGGAGGUUUCAUAUUCUAUAGUGAUUAUAGGAAUGGAGGAAGAAGCAGAGGGAUUUGCAGCGACGGUGAUGGUGUCUUCAACGUGGAUAUGCAGGGUGAUUUUGUGUUUUCUAUAAAGCCCAAUUAUUUUGGCCCAUAAAAUUAUUUGGGCCUCAAAUUCUAUGGUUCAGUUCUAAAUUAAUCCUCUAUAUCCAAAUCCAUGAAUUCUAAUGGCCCAAACGUUUUAAGACAUUCUUUUGACUUGAAACUAAACUGC